UAGCAGCUGGCAACCGGGUGCAAAAAGCUCUCCCCGGACCCCGGCCGAUCAAUCGAACUUUGGACGGAGCCGAUCCAGCAACCGCGCCCGCUCGUCGCGAACCACUCCAUAGGAUCCCGAAACGCUUGUGUUCGUCCCGGCGCAUUCGGCCUCGCCCGGUCCUAUUUCCACCCCCGCAAUUCUUCGACGUCAACCACCACCACCGACCACCAUCGGCGACAACCACAUCCCGCCAAGAUGUCCAGAAUUUUCUCGUCGGCCCUCCAGGCCGCUUUCAAGCCGAGCGCUUUCCUCCCCAAGACUGCCACUCGCUCAUUCUCCAUCCUCCCCUCCCUCCGUCCCACCACCUUUUCUAGUCCCAUCUUCCGCGCCCCCAACGCCAUCACCGCACCCUCGGCCUCCUCUCCCACUACCACCGCUACGGUCGGCAUCGACGGCGAAGUCCUCGACCUCCUCUCCGCCUCCUCCCUUGUUUCGAGUCAUCCGGCGCUUAGCGGGUUGGGCUCCCAGAUCCGCUGCGGCCCGCGCCCGACGAUGAGCGGCGCGACGAGGCUGGUGCAGAAGCGCAGACACGGGUUCCUGAGCAGGGUCAAGACGAAGAAUGGGCAGAAGACGUUGAAGAGGAGGCAGGCCAAGGGGAGGUUGAGGUUGAGUGCUUAGGCGUGGUUGACUUGAGCUGGGACGCAUUGAUUGAAAUGUUGGGGGGGAGGGGGAGAAAGGGACCAAGUGAGUAGAGAGGGAAGAGGGAAUGAAGGGAGGAAGUAAGGGG